GAGUUAUUGAAUAAAAUUUCACACCAAUCUCACACUAUUAAAAUCAUCAUUGAUGGCUAUUUGAUGACUACAAAUAACAAAAGUUGCUGGCGCUAGCAUUUUUUAUCAUAAAUAUAGGCAUCAUUUGUUUUUAUUUGAAAAAACCUUUAAUUUGACCUAUUUAAUUAGCUUCACCCAACUCAUUCUUCUUUCCUUUCUUGCACCACUGUUACUACACACUCAAAAUUAUACUAAAAUGGCUACCACCAUGUCUCCACUCACCACCGAAGAGCUCCACCACUUCCACAAAACCGACCGCAGCCUCUUCCGCUUCCUCAUCUUCAAACUCCGCCGUGACAUCACGCAAUCCCUUCUUGUCAUGGCCCUGUGGCUAUGGCUAGAACACAUUGGCUACCCUAACCUCAUUCACACUAUCAUGCAACUAAAAAACCAGCCUUCCCUCGUGGCCGCUGCGGUCGACGAGGCCGCCGCAUGCCUCAUAUUCCUCGAGACAGAAAACUUCAGCAGUGGCCUUGGCGGUGGCGGUGGCGGAGGCUUAUUCUUAACGAAAAAGUUAAUCCAAAGAGACAUCUCAAUUAGAAUCUUCCAUGAGAGAAGGUACACUGCACUUGCCGGAAUCAAAAGCAUUCUUAAAAACAUAUGCAGUAGAAUCUUCUUAGACAUCUUGCAUGGUAAUAAAAAUAUUCUCCAAAAAAGAAAUAAAAAUAAUAAUCAUCACAAAAAUGGCAACGUUCUUGUUAUCACGUCAUCAAAGAAAAGGCAUAAUAGUAAUUUCACUAAUUUGUCUACUUCCCCGGGUUUUCGCCACACUUUCUUUGGCGACAUUAUUGACAUGAUGAUGACACCACCGCCGCAAUUAGUAGAGGCCUCAUCUUCAAAUCUCGGUUUGCUUCAUGAGAAUAAUAUAUGGAAUGGGAAGAGGCCCUCCGAUGAUGUUUGCAAAGAGGAUAGAACAAUGUUCUUGACAUUCUCUAGAGGCUUUCCGGUGUCGGAGAAGGAAGUCAGAGAAUUGUUUGGGGAUGAAUGUGUGGAGAGUGUAACCAUGGGUGGCGGCGGCGGCAACGAUGGUCGCCAGAAAUUGUAUGCGGUGAUGGUGCUAAAGAAGGUGGCCACGGUGGAUCGGAUUCUCAAUGGUAAAAGGAUUGCAAAGCAUCAAAUUAACGGCAAACAUAUUUGGACUCGCAAGUUUGAAUUUCACUCUUAUUGUUAAGAUGUAUAAGAUUAUAUAUUUAAUUAAGCACUAAGUUAUUGGUUCAAAAUGAAGUACUUAUUGUUAGGAAUUAGAAUCUAUGUUAUAUUAUAUUUGUGAUCCUUCUUAAUCAGCAGAACUUUUCUUUCUGCACAACUUUGUUUAAUUUGUAUCAGUGUAAUGCUUCCAUUAUAAGCGAAGCAAGAAAUAUGUAUAUGGUAUGGCUAUCAUAUAAAUUAUGGUGAGUAUGAUGGUUAUAAAUUACACUUAA